UUGAGUGUGGUGGGUUCACAUCAUCAAGAGCAAAAGUUUCAAUGGGGUUGGUAGAGGGAGGAAGAGAGAAAAGAAUAGAAAGAAUGUUUUUAAUUUUCGUUUUUUUAGAUUCUCAAAUUUGAAUCGAGUUUUUAGUACUAUUAUAGUCAUAGAGAAGGAAAGAAAAAGAAAAGAAAAAGAAAAGAAACUUGAUCAUAAAAAAGCAAAAACCAUGGCCAUGUUCAAAAAGCUCUCCAGCAGCAGGAUUUCAAAAAGCCACUCCCUCAAUGAUUUUCAAUCAAUCCCACCCAAAAAAAGAAAAGAAAAGGAAAGUAACAAUCCCAUUAACAAUUCUCUCUCAGAUUCUUAAAGAAAUAACAUGAAUAAAUAAGCCCCCCCCUCUCUCUCUCUCUCUCUCUCUUUCAUUUCCCACAAACCCAUUGCAAAAGCAAAGUAUCCUCAAUUCCCCAUUUCGCUCACUUACUCACUCACUCUGCUUCAUCUUCUUCUUCUUCUCUGCAACAAACAUCCAUGAUCAUCCCCAUUUUCACCACCUUCUUCUUCCUCACCCAAUUCUUUCAAUUGGGUUCGACAACCCACACCAACACCUGCAGAUCCUUCUGCGGGAAUCUCACAAUCGACUACCCAUUCGCACUCCAAUCCGGAUGCGGACACCCGGGUUUCCGAGACCUCCUCUUCUGCAUGAACGACGUCCUCAUGUUCCACAUCGUCUCCGGAUCUUACCGUGUCCUUGACAUCGACUACGCUUACAAUUCUCUCACCCUCCACGACCCCCACAUGUCCACCUGCGACGCCAUCGUUUUGGGCUCCAAAGGCAAUGGCUUCGCCGUCGAGCCUUGGCGUGUCCCCUACAUGAACCCCACCCCCGAUAACGUCUUCAUGCUCAUCGGCUGCUCAGCCCAAUCGCCGCUCUUUCAGGGUUUUCCGGCGAAACACUUGCCUUGUCGGAAUGUUUCCGGUAUGGGCUGCGAGCAGUAUUAUGGUUGUCCGGCUUGGGAUUCCGUGGGUGGUCAUACUCAUAAACCCCCGGGUUCUGCGUUCGGGUCGGAUCCACCCCAGUGCUGUGCGCUGUCGUUUGACUCCAUUAAGGCCAUCAAUCUUACGAAGCUUCAGUGUGGAGGGUAUAGCAGUGCUUAUAGCUUGGCUCCUUUGAGAGUCGAUGGGCCAAACGACUGGUCGUAUGGUAUACGUGUGAAGUAUUCUGUUCAAGGGAACGAGGAGUUUUGUAGAGCGUGUGAGGCUACCGGUGGCACGUGCGGAUAUGGUACGGACGGUAUUAGACAGUUGUGUAUGUGUGGGAGCACAAAUUCUACUUCAAAUUGUGACACAGUCAAGUCAUCAUCAAGGAGGAUUUACUCUGCAGUGGACACACUAUCAGGAUUUUUGAUGUGUUUGCUGGCAUGGAUGGCAACCAACUAAUGUUGAGAGAAGGAAAUGCAGCAUCUGCCAUGCAUCAGAACCAUGUAAAUGCCAUUGUUAUUUCAUUUGGAGUGAAGAGAUUAAACACAUUUUUUGAGUUUUCUUUGCACUUUCAAUUCCGAGUUCAUAGAUGGAGAAACAUUAUAGAUUCAUUUA